AUGCAGCCUGUCCUAACUCUUCUGGCCACUUUACUGCUGCUGCCCCUAGUGCUCCUAGGACAGCCUCAGCUGGUGAGAAAUUUGUCAAACUCUAUGAAUGAGAGUGGCACAUGCCAUUGUGUGGUUCACCUGCCCAACAGCUCGGUCCUUCUGCAGCAGCUGGAGCAACUACAAAGUAUGGCAAAGGAGCUCAUUGGCGAGUAUGAACAGCAGCUACUCUGGGCCAGCAAGUAUGCACGUGCCAUYGAAGAGCAAGAAAACCAGGCACUGGAAAUGAUCCAAACACARGAGAUCAGGAAUCCCAAAACCAUUACCUCCCUCUAUGAGACACCGGCCUUCAAUCUGCUGCUCCUGGAGCUAGAGGGAGCACAAGCGUUGACAACUGAGCUCAAGUCCAAGGCAGGAGCUAGUAGGGCUGCAGACCUUCUUCACCAACUCCAGGAGCAGGUGACGAAUGCCAGUCUCUCACUCAAGCUUCUGGCUGACUCUGACCAGCGCAACUUCAGAGCUCUCCAACAGGAGGUGGAUAUACUCCAAGGCCAGCUAAAUGAGUGUGAGAGGGAAAAGGAACAAGAGCAGGCCUCCAGUCACCCUGGUCCACCCCUGCCCCCUGGUUCUUGUGCCCAUGGAGGACUCCAGAAAGUCGGUAGACCCCUGGUGUUGCAGCUCAAUUGGAGAGGCAUCUCACACAAGGCAGGUGCUUGGGGCCGAGAUUCAGCUYCCAGUCCAGACUCUCCCCUUUACUUGGCCCCUCUGCGUACAGAUGGCAGGUACUUUGACUACUAUCGGCUGCACAAGUCCUAUGAUGACCUGGUGAUGCUAAAGAACUAUGAGCAGUGGAAGAUGGGCUAUGGUGAUGGCAGUGGCAAUACUGUGUACAAGAACUUCAUGUACUUUAACUACUAUGGCACGAAUGACAUAGCCAAAGUGGACCUUUCCUCCAACACCCUCGUGCUGCAGCGCCCAUUGCCUGGUGCUACCUACAAUAACCGCUUUUCCUAUGCUAGUGUGCCUUGGAAGGACUUAGAUUUUGCUGGUGAUGAGAAGGGGCUGUGGGUGCUCUAUGCCACUGAGGAGAGCAAGGGCAACCUGGUUGUGAGUCGUCUCAAUGCCAGCACCCUAGAAGUAGAGGAAUCCUGGCGCACCAGCCAGUACAAGCCAGCCCUGUCGGGGGCCUUCAUGGCCUGUGGUGUUCUCUAUGCCUUACGCUCACUGAGCACUCGCCAAGAGGAGAUCUUUUAUGCUUUUGAUACCACCAAUGRGCAGGAGCGCCACCUCAGCAUCCUGUUGGACAAGAUGCUGGAAACACUGCAUGGCAUCAAUUACUCCCCCUCGGACCACAGGCUCUAUGUCUACAAUGAUGGUUACCUAAUGUAUUAUGACCUCACCUUCCUGACACUGAAGCACACAGUAUCUAGACCAGCAGCCAAAAGGCCCUCUGGGGAUCGUGCUUCACCCAGAGUUGUCAAAUCCAAGCCUUCUGGGUCCUGA